CAUGUACCUGUAUCUUCCUAAAAACCAGCUCGUCAUCAAACCGCAUCCCCUCAAACAUACUGCAAUUCCUUGCCAACGAAUUGCAACCAAAUAUGAUGAACCAUCACUGACUUGACAAGGUGGUGAGUCCUGGUCAGGGUGGAGGUCCCUCGGAACUGCUACCUUAAUGUCCGUAGCAUGCAUCAAUACAUGGCCAUCUAGGGUUGCAUCUGCAGUCACUUUGAUACGCCCCCAUAGUAAACUGAUCAGCUCACAUCUGAAGAAGACAUGAUCCAAUGUCUCCUCCUCGUGUCGGCCGAAGGUGCAUCGCCUGCCAAGUAAUCCCGUCGAGCUCGCACUGGGAGCCUCCCAUGGGCCAACAACCAUACUGUGAAAGCAUGACUCGACUGGAGGUAUUUCUGCCACACCGUCUUCACCCAAGGCUCGAGUCUCUGAAAUGAUCAUAGGUCAUCCUAACACCUCCCUUCCUCUGGACUACCUGCCCAAGUUGCACUGAAGUAUGGAAUAGUUUCCUGUCAUUUUCAUGUAACAAGAAAUGAAGAUCCAUGCUGAGGUAUAUUUGAGGUGAAAUUUACCAUCAUUGUCAUACAGUAUGUAUGCAUGCAAAAUGUAUAUCCUAAUGAGAUAAACACACAAAAUAUCAGGAGCUGCCUAUUCUUUCAAUGCAAUUUAACGAAAUUGAUUCUGAUAACAAGAUGGUUUCAGUCAUUUAUAAAGCGAUCAACACAUCUUGUCCCUCACAGAAUAGUUUGACUCCAUUGUUGUGGUAAUAACCUAAAAAUAUUGUACUUUGAGCUCUGCAGGGCAUCACAUUGAAGCUAACUAUUAUUUGUGAUGAUAUUUUUAUUGUAGCAAGGUACAUGUGUUCUUGAUAAGAGACCUUUCCUGUAGGUCUUUGUUCUUGGGUUUGGAGCUAUUGGAGUUGAUCUAGCAAAGAGGUUACGGCCCUUUGGAGUGAAAAUUCUUGCAACUAAAAGAAAUUGGGCUUCAGUAUCUAUGCCUUCAAAUGAUGAAGUUGAUUACUUGGUUGAUAAGAAAGGUGGCCAGGAAAAUCUCUAUGAAUUUGCUGGAGAGGCUGAUAUAGUUGUUACCUGCUUGUCUCUAAGUGCAGAAACAGCUGGCAUUAUUGAUGGAAAAUUCCUUGCUUCCAUGAAAAAGGGAUCCCUUCUGGUAAAUAUUGCUCGAGGAGGUUUACUGGACUACAGUUCAGUUUAUCAGCACCUUCAUUCUGGUCAUCUCGGUGGCUUAGCAAUGGAUGUUACUUGGACAGAGCCAUUUGAUCCUGAAGAUCCAAUUCUACAGUUUCCAAAUGUUCUAAUCUCACCCCAUAUCGCUGGUGUUACUGAGCAUUCUUACAGAGCAAUGGCUAAGGUUGUGGGAGAUGUUGCUCUUCAGCUUCAUGCCGGAAAGCCACUGGAAGGAAUAGAAAUAGUGAACUAGUCAUCAUCCUUGUGUUCAAGCGUGUAGUGGCUCAACUAUGAACUAGUACUGCAUGCUCAAAGCAAUUCUAUCGAGUCACUAGAAAACCAUUUAUUUUAUAAUGCAUGCAAUGCCUGUAAUUCAAACCACUUGACAUUUCUGGUAACGAUCUGAUUCGACUAACUCA